AUAACAUGGAAGACAGCUGAUCGAUUGUGUUUUCUCUUUCUUUGCAGUGUAUGGUUGUAAAAUGAAGGUUGAAUGAAUGGCUGUGGUGACAAACUGGACUUACAUUCUACAUCAUAUAAACCAUGUCAUCUUCUGAUGUGACGUCGGUGUGUCCAAUAUGUGGGUCAUCGGAGGUUGUGCAUCUGUGCUCAGCAUACAUGGAGGCAAAGGUUGUGAAGGAAAGGAACAAAAAUAGUACCGGUAACUAUGGUGACAUAAAGGCUGGAAAUGAGAAUUCUGUCAAAAAGGAUAUUGACAAAAUGGAGACAGAAAAAACAGACACUGAUACUGAUAGAUUAAAUGAGAGUGAACCUGAAAUUAAGGUAAAUGGUACAGAAGAUGAACAUCCCAAAUUUGUUGUGAUAUAUUUGGGAAGCUCACACCUAGAUCGAAGAUUCCCACCUCAGACAGCCAUGCCAUGGGUGAUGGGUGAGGUGAGACGUAGUAGAGAUACAUUCAAAGAAGUUCAACUUCAGGUCCAUAAAAGUUCCCUGAAAGCAAUGGCAUAUGAAGGUUUAGAACAGAUUGAGUCAGUGUUUGAACAUAAUCUUCAUACUUUAUCGAGAUUCGCUAAAACCCACCAAGAUCCACGUUGCUUUGCGUACCUGAGACGACAGAGCCUAUACAGCGACUUUGAGUGUCAUGUGUUCCUGGCAAAUGAAGAGUCGGUGGGUCACUUGAUCAAAGGUCAAAGUCACAGGGGCCUGAACAUGGAAAACCACUUCCGGUCAGUAACUCGGGAACCACUUGAUCCAGAAUGUGGAAACUUUACAGAAUGAUUGGUCUUGCAAAUGAGAUGACCCCUACCAAUUUUGGGUUCACUGUAUUAAAGGUCAAGGUCACAGGGGCCUGAACAUGGAAAACCAUUUCUGGUCAGUAACUUGAAAACCACUUG